AUGACUCUGCAUCGGAUUAAGGCUCAGGAACUGCUCUCGGAGAUCUUAGAGCGGGAAUCGACUCUGGCUUCGCAACAAAAGAUUACUCUCGCCAGUUCGACUCCUUCUCUGAACAGCAAGCCCGCCGAUGCCGGUUCUAAUUCAACCAUCGCACAACAGUCAUUGGUGCAACAACAAGGAACAUCUGAGUCGGAUGAGAAGAAGAAGAAUCAGUCCAUUCGACUCGGGAAAAGUUUCAGGAUCGGACUCUCUGGACCCCCAGGAGUGGGUAAAUCCACAUUCAUCGAAGCCUUUGGCAUGUACCUCGUCUCCAAGGGCCAUCGUGCUGUGGAUCCGUCUUCAGCCAGGACUGGAGGAUCAAUCUUGGGAGACAAGACUAGAAUGACUGAGCUCUCUCGCCACGACAUGGCCUACGUCCCCGCUGGAUACGAUAUCUGCCUUGUGGAAACAGUCGGUGUCGGUCAGUCCGAGACGAUGGUGGCCGACAUUGUAGAUAUGUUCGUCCUGCUCGUACCGCCAGCCGGAGGAGAUGAACUUCAAGGUAUGAAAAAGGGAAUCAUGGAGUUGUCGGAUUUGGUCAUAGUCAACAAGUCAGAUGGGGCUCUUGUCGACUCUGCGCGCUAUGCACAGAUCGAGUACACCAGUGCCCUCAAGUUUGUCAAGGCGAUCACCUCUUACUGGAAGGCCAGGGUCAUUCGCGUUUCGUCCAUGGGCGGACCUGAGGCAGGAGUUGGACUGGCGUGGGAUACCAUGAAGGAGUACUUUGAUAUCAUGGAGUCAUCGGGAGAACUGCAAAAGAAGCGUGGACACCAGCGCAAGAUCUGGAUGUGGCGCCAAGUCUCGUCAGAGCUCAUGGAUCUGCUGCAUGAGGAUACGCAGGUGCGGAAGAUGGCUGACGAAUUAGAGGCCAAGGUGCUCAGGAACGAAGUGAUGUCUGGAGCAGCGGCACACCAGAUUGUAGAGAAGUUCAUGAAGGGCAUGAGCACCUCGUAG